UCCGAAAACAUGCGCGAGAACGCGCGUCGAUAAACCCGCGUCUGCGCGUUUGGCCGGAUUUCAAAUUUACCGAGAGAUGGUAAGAGGAGAGAGAGGCGCGGCGGAGUUAUGUAUUAUGGAAAGAGGCGCGAGCCGACUCUGUUUUUAGUCGAGCCGUCGCCGAGAUCUCGGAUAAGAAGCGGCGCCUGGUGUAUGGCUAUUUCGAGCAUGUAGGGUAUAAUAGGUCAGAAUCGGGGAAAUUAUCUCAUGUGAUACGUGCGUUUGAAAUAUAUAUUUUUAUGACUCUGCACAGCUUAAAAAGAAUGACGUACAAUAGCUGCUAUGCGAAUGAGACAACAGUGUACGAGCCAUAGAUAGCUUAUCUGAUAUCCGAAAACAAAGUCGUCGCUGAACAAAUAUUGUUCAUUCAAGAGUGCGCUUCAUUUAGUUUUCCCACAUGACUCCUCAUAUCCUGACGAUCUCCUCAAGUCAAUCUAAUCUAUUUUCAAAUCAAAUCCAAGUCAGCCCUCGUAAUAGCUAUCCUAUCCCGUUGACGAACCACACCAAAACUCACCCAUCCAUAUACACUCAGACUCGCAUGACCGGUAAAUUUCGCGCAAUAAAGAACGAAACUUACGACGCGCUUUUCGCAUAAGUAUGCAGUGCACAGUUACUGCGUAUUCAUAUUGUACGUAGAUAAACGUCGCAAAAUCCCAACACUCACAAAUGUGUCGAGUAAGUCUAACCUACAUAAACAUACCGCUCGCGCCGAUUUGCAAAGAUGCAGAGAUAAACCGUCUCAUCACGCCGGAGGAAAUCGCGUCCGCAAUCAGGACGUUCUCUCAAAAAUCGCGCAUAAGCGAGCUGAGAAAAAUCAUCAGAUAUGUGGUUUGACACCUUUUUUCGCGUCGCGCAUAAUACACAACGUGUAUACGGCGAAGAAUAACCUCCGGAGAUCUGCGUGUUGUACCGGUGUUCGAAUGGAAGCGAUAAACGCCACACGUUCACCGUUUAACGAGCGCUCGGGGAAAUCGAUUUGAUUGAUGGACGUCCGAGGCGCGUCAUCUCGUCAGGAUUUUUCCGGGGCCGAUCGACCUGGAUGUGCGGAAUGGGCUCGUGCUUCGUUUUUUGACAUCGCUGCUAUCGGCAAAAUUAUGUCGUUUUAACCGCAAAUACUCAACGCAUAUGAAAGACAGGUCCAGAAGCUCGUAUUUCAGUAUCCAACCGUUAAUGUACCUCUUGUGCUUUGACGCUGUAGGAAAACUGAAUCGAUUUCUGUGUAUUGCCGUUUUUGUAUUUGCUUUCGAGGUUGCGAAGCAAGUGAAUGCCAAAAACUUGGAGCCUCAGAUCGAGGGAACACAUAUACACGUCGAUGGCUUGAACCCAAAGUACAUGCAACGAGUAUCGUUUGCAGUUAAGAAACAUAAUGCUACGUACAAAUAUUUGCCAACAACAUGGAUUUUCGUUCAGGAUCUCCCACCUGUUACCAAUGCCAAACUUCUAUUGACAAAGCAUGUGCCUAUCUGCUCAGAGAGUCCCUAUCGCGAACUUUUGCCAAAACCUCUGGUAACUCCAGAGGCAAUGCUACAAGACAGCUGCUUGAAGAAAGGAAAAUGGGAAAACGAUGACUUUGGUAUCUUCAGAUUUGAAGUACUGAUUCCCAACAUUCAUGAGAUCAGUGACUACUAUUCAAUAAAUUACAAAUACAUCACUGACGACAGCAAGGAAUUGGUAGCUGCCGAAUGAGGAUAUUUGCAUACUGAAUAAGUAAACAAAAAAUACACGUACGAUUAUCAAUUAUCUUGCAAAUUUCAUUUGAAUAAAAAGCCUGAAUGGGAAAACGCAAGUUCUUUCAAAUUUUAAUCCUGAGUAUGUUUUAUCGAAAAUGCACUAUUCUCGGCACAAGUAAUGCGUGUAUACGCGCGCA